CAAACAGAACAAACAGGCUCUUCAACUUACUAGAGUUCAGCGUCCAAGUUCUUAUACAGAACCACAGCACUGAACAAGCACUACCUAGGAACUGAGGAUAUAUCCACAACUACAGACUGUAUUUACUUCUCUUUUUCAGUUGGAGUGCGGCUCAACAGCAGCUUCCGAACCAUGGGAAAGGUUAACCCCCUAAUUUCGCUAAAAUCUUCCGACUCGGGCCUCCAAAUCCUACUCCAUCCACUCGUCCUCCUUAAUAUAUCAGAUCAUGUCACCCGACACAUUGCAAGGCAGCAAAAGGGACCAAUUGCCGGGGCGCUAAUAGGACAGCAAAAGGGUCGAACUAUUAGCCUCGAGCAUGUGUUUGAAUGCAAUAUUGUAACCACUUCUAAUGGAGACAGUGUACUACAUGAGCCCUGGUUUGAAGAGAGACUACAGCAAUUUAGAGACGUUCAUAAAGAUCCGCCGUUGGACCUUGUUGGCUGGUUCACCCUCACGCCACCCACAGGUCCUACUGCUACCCAACUACCGAUUCACCAACACAUUCUCCAGAAAUAUAACGAAACAGCAGUGCUGCUUGCGUUUGAUCCUUCCGGGCUUGAAGAUAACACUUCUCAUGCUACAGGGAAGCUUCCUCUUGCAAUUUACGAAUCGACAUACGAGGAAGACAAUAAUGCGGGCGAUGCAGACAAAACCAUGCAGGUGGAUGGGCAGCAGCCCAGCUUAGCACUCCGGUUUCGAGAAUUACCGUAUGCUAUCGAAACGGGGGAAGCAGAAAUGAUCAGCGUCGAUUUUGUUGCAAGAGGAGGAGGCAAUGCUACGGCUAUUCAGGCGAGCGAUGCAACCCCAAAACCCUCCGCCGGUAGCACUAAGAAACCCGCCGCCGGCAAGAAGGCCGGAGCUACAUCGACACCCCUAGAGAAGACUUCCGUUGUGGAUGAAGUCUCCCCACUUUCUAAGGAAGAUGAAGACCUAAUCGCCAAUCUAAACACUCGUCUAACCGCCGUCAAAACGCUCGAGUCACGCCUACACCUCAUAAAAGCCUAUCUCUCCAGUAUCUCUCAACAGACUCCAGAUAACCAGACUCAAUCAACAGCCGCCUCUUCUCCGCAGAUCUCGCACUCCCUACUGCGCAACAUCCACUCCUUGAUUUCCCACCUAUCCCUCCUAACGCCGCAACUAUCAGAUACAUUCUCCACCGAAUCUCUUGCACAAGCUAACGACGUUGCCUUAGUCGCGUUGCUCGGCCAACUAGGCCAGAGCGUGCAGGACAUUCGCGAGCUAGGCAAAAAGUUUGCGGUUGUUGAUAUGGCUCGGCAAUAUGCUGAGUCGACGAAGGCAAUGGGUGGUAAGCAUACGAGAAUGGAUGAUGAGAUGUACCUUCGAUAGGCAAUUGGUUGAAUAUAAUGCACUUUUUGUGGAUAUAUGCAUGUCACAUACAUGCGAUGCUUUGACAGGUUGCUUUGAUGGCGACGGAAUGCCCAUUUGGACUCUUUGCUUUGCAUGUCUUGUUUUAUUCGUCGAACUCCAACAGCGAGUUAUGUGCCCAGUUUACGUGUCCAUGAUAAUAUCUAGAUGUUUUAGGAACAAAAUAUCAAUCAUGCAACGAUCUCCUCUGAGUGAGUGGUUAUUAAGUGCGGUGGUCGCUUCGUUCGAAUCAUCUCAAGAUCUAGAGAAGCAGGCGAUAUUACGGAAGGUCAAGUCAAACUCCAAACUCAACCAAUAAUGAUCAGAAAUUUACACCCAAUUUGUUCGAUAUAUGCUAUCUCCAUUGCAUUUUCGUUCAGCCUUAUGAAGGAAAGGAGGAAAAAGACGCAAAACCAAACGCCACGGUACACAGACAAAUAGAAAGAAAAGAAAAUCCGCAUUCCUGCCUACUGAAUUUUUUCAUUUUCCCAUGGUGAAUCUCUGAAUCUCGCCAGCUUGAAGGAUGGUCGGAAGGAUCAAAAAUGAGGCAAAGGAAUCAAGAUCACGGGCCACAUUAAAAAAAAUUAAAAAAAAAGAGAGAGAGAGAGAAUAAUAUACAAAAGGAAGUAGAAGUGCCUCAUACAAGUGUGGGGUGACAGAAUAUGUUAGAAUGAAUGUCCCUUUUUAUGCAUGGCAAAAAUAUUACGGAAAGGGAAAAUAAAAAAACAAAUUACCAAUGCUCCUUCCUAUAGCCAUGAUCCAAGCCAAUCCAUAUCUAGUUGCGGUCGAAAGAGACGGAGGGAACAUAGAUAACAACUUUGGGGGAAGUGGAAUAGAGGGAAAAUCAACCACGAUAUUCCGCAGGGAGUGAGCAUCUCACGAAUGAAAACGCGCUAGAGCCUAGAUGGGAAAAUAAAUGGUCAAACGGGCGCGCACUGAUCCAUUAUUUUUGGUCAAAAAUUCUUUCCUUCACUUGCGGCCAAUCACCCAUCUACCGCCUCCAACUAUCUCCAAAGUCUCCACGGUCUCUGAACCGGGCACCUCUACCACCUCUCCGGCGCCCACGGUUUCCAUAUUCCGGACCCUUGUCCACGAAAUAAUCCGUAUCUUCGAAGGUGUAUUUGCGCAUCUCAUCGCCUCCUCGUCGAGGCGUAGGUCCAGCGCGGUAGAGGUCGGCAAAUCGAUCAAGGCGCUUAUCCGAUACCUCUGGCGGAACAGGUUGAUAGUAGAGUUUCGGCUUCGCGGCUGUGGAGAGAAAUCUGUCAUCAAGGGCCUUGAAGCUUUCACCGGCGUAUCGUGCAGGUGCAACAGGUGGUGCAAUAUGGUGGCUGUCUCGAUGCAUAGGACCGUGCGUUGCACGGGGACCCAACGGCGGCUCUCGACCUAGGUUUUGAUCGUUAUCGCGAUUGUUGCGGGAAGGGAUUUGGUUUAUGGGACUGGCUUCCUGAAGGGAAGCUGUAACCCCUUCAUCGGUCUCAUCAUAGAUCACCUCCCACCGUGGCGCACCUCUCGCGCCAUUACCGGAAUCUUGCUCAACGGUGAUCCAUUCUUUGACUUUCUCUUCCGGGAUGAAAUCGACCCAGAGCGGUUUUCGCGUUCGCUCGUCUGGCCAAAUAGUUCCGUGGAGUGCCGAACGUACCCUAGAGGCUGCGGAAACAUUUGUAAAAGUAACAAAAGAAUGUGUUUUAAUGGAAUCCAAAAAGAAAGCUAGGAUUAUAUCAGGAUCCACAGAUGACGAGGGUGGGGUUGCAAGGGUUGCAAGGUGCUUUUUAAGGCUGGUUGGUUGUAGAGGUCGCAUGAAAUUGCGUAUAUACAGGGAUGUGGUUGCCGGGUGAAUGGCUGGUGAGACGAUGCGAUCUGCCUCCUCACCUGCCAAGCCCGUAGGAGAAGGGGAGAGUGCCCGGCCACCAUUUGCCAGCGGGAACAAGCUUUUGAAGCGUGUAUCGCCGGAGGUGUGCUUGUGGGUGUGUAGCUCUUCGGGCUUCUCGACUUCUGGUUUAGCCUGGGGUGCCGAAUGGAGGUCAGCAGCCUUAUUAUCUUCCUCGCUUGCCUCCAGGACGACCGUAGGUUUGGGUUGGAGUGUUGGUUCCGGUUCCGGUUCCAUCUCCCGGGGCCCUUCUUCAGUCUUUUCUAGGGUCGUAUCUUGCAUUUCGGCGUCUUGAGGUGCAGGAACACCGGGAACUGGUGCUGCUAAAAUCUCCUCCGAGGGAACACCCAUAUCAGCUGUGACAUCGUCCUCCUUCAAUACCACACGCGGAAGCCCAUCCUCAGCUUUAGCCUUCUUCAAAGCCGCUGUUUUAGGAGAGGGUGGUGGGCUCUGGCUUCGCCGUUUUCUUUUUCUGGAGUCAUCUGUGGACUCCUCUCUCGACGCGAUUCUCUCAUCGUCGGGGGAUACGGAUGCUGAUUCCAGUUCUUGAGGAACAGAGGGGGCAGAUGGGGCUGGUUCCUCUAUAGCCUCCUGCGACUGUACCGACUCUUCUAUCUUGGGUUCCUGAGUUUGCUCCUUCGCUUCGGCGGACAAGUCUCGAGUAGUCGCCACAGCUUGAUCGGCUUCUGCGUCCUCCUUAUCUUUCAUAAUGACAUCAUCAGUCGAAUCCUGCGACGGCGGUUUCGGUAACUUUGCGGCAGGUAGUUCUUUCGAUUCAGAUUCAACAGCGCCAUGUUUCGGUUCUGGCGCACCAGGCGGCUGUUGGUCGCCAGCGCUCACAUCUUCUUGGCUUGCCUGUUCAGGUUCUUCCGGGGCCUGUUCUUCAGGUGCAUUGCUUGGUGGGGGAACUUCCGGUGAAGGUUCAGGUUGCGCCGCAGCAUCUGACUGGAGUAAUCGAUCGAUGAAGUUCUGCUUGACCCUAAGACCAGUCUGGGGAAUGCCGCGUCGUUUCAGCUCGGCCUUCAAAUCGGUAACCUUCCAGCUUGAAUAUUCAGUCAUUGCGAGGAGUAGCGAAAGGGAGGCGAUGUGGAAAUUGCGUAGAAGUAAAGGUAUAUAAAUGUUUCGCAUAUUAAUACGUGGAACAGUGAACAGUCAACGGGUCAUGGCUGGUGACUGUUGGGCAUGCAGCGCGUGUUGCAGCGAUAAGUUUGCUUUGGUGACGAUGGCAAGAUGAAUGUUAAGGUCGGAGAAAUUUACUUGAAGAGGCCAAGCGAGAAUUAAAUGAUGACGUAAUCAACACAGACGUGACGCUAGGACUAAUUUAGGAAUAGCGGCAUAUGUCCAGCCAUGUCACUUUGAUGCGACAGCCACGUCCGUUUAACGACAACGCCAGGAACCAAACCAGGAUAAAAGAAAGAAUUUCAUUCAUGCUUCGUAUAUUACAGGAUAUUUGAUUGGAUCUAGGCUCUAGGAAGGGACUCCAUAAACUUUUUCGGAAAAGUGCCGGCGCUCAUCAUUAUUCGCUCAAUUGAAAAACAAAGAAGCAAAUCAUAAUCGCGAGCCAAAGAAAGUUCACGAUGAUGACGUUUCAUGAGACUGUGCUAUCACAGAGUUGACAGAGACGCUCAAAGGGAAAAUGGUUCCGUUGGUCUUGAAAGCGCAACCCAGCCCAGCAAUCAUACUGAUUCAGGAGGAUGAACGCUGGAAGCGGGGAGGCAGGCAGUUGAUUGAUUUGUUCAAAUACGGACGGUUUCGGUUGCUUGGCAAUUCCAUUGGCAUCGUGGCCGGUUUCGGUUUUACUGGGAUCGUGUUGGACGAAUUGGAGCCUGUUGCUUCUCCGCUACUUGGACUCCAAACCGCAAGGUCGAUUUGUUGGCUCUUGACGGCGGCUUUUCCUGGAUUCUUUCGCGAUUUCGGUAGGAAUCAGUCCAGGUCUUCGGGCCAUUUCGUUCCUUUAUGACGCUCUCAGGUUCCUACAUCUUGCUACUUUUCGCCUUGUUCUUUUUCCUCGUCGCUAAGCUCCGGUGAAAGCCAAAACUCGGCUUCAGUACAUUUUGGCAGUGGUAUGAGCUCUCGCCCUGUCCGACCAACUAUCAACGCUUCCUCUUCCGGAGAUAGGGAAAUAUCGCUUGGUAGGAGAGCUGAUCGUCUUCGUCUAUAGGAACUCGACUUUUCAAGUUAUAAUAGAAGGUAAGGAGAAUAUGCAUGCUGAGGAAAAUUACUCCCGAACGAGAAAUAUCUAAUCAUUCCAAUACCUUCGUGAGUUAUAUUCCCUUAUAUUCGGUUCCCGACCAGCAAGACCCAACCCAAAAUAAAUGAAGAGCAAAUGAGGUCGUUGCACCUCGCGUCAUAGAAUAUUCUACGGGUCGGCAAACCGGGCGAAAAUUAAUUGACGGGCAAAGCAUCAAGGUUACUAGAAGUAGGUUUUCCCUGGCAACAUGGAAGCGGCAAAUAAAGAACAAAGUUAUUCCAAACAAAACGUUUAAAGCUAUUAUAGGAACAAUAGAACUGCUCCCGCGUCAGCUGCUGCAAGCAAGCUACAUUUGAUCUGAAUGGAAAAAUGUGAAACCUCAAUGAGAUAUGAGAUGCAGAAAUAUAGUUAGCUUAUUUACACAUGAGAUCAGCCAAGUCAAGUAUAAAGAGAUCUUGAAGGAUUUUCUUU